AUGGAGGGACAAGAAAAUGGUGUCAUGACUUCAGAAGCAAGCCUUAUUCUAGAUCUUAAAAAUAUGAAUGGUUUACGAGAUGUUGUUGAUACUUCUAGACCCGAUAAUAUAAAACAGUGUAUGCCAGAGGAAGGAGCUUCCUAUGAUGGUGAAAACAGAACAUCUUUUGCCCAAGGAAAUUCCAUACCAAUCAAAGGAGAUAAAAUCCCAAGUUCCAGCGAGGAGCUAGAAAGAAGACUUCAGCAGCAGAUCGAUGACAUUAAUUCCAAGCGUAAAAGAGACACAGAUUUACUAAACGAUUUUAAGAAAGCCCUUGAAACGCAAGUAAUGAAUUCAUGUAGCGUCCUCGAAGAAGCAAUUGUAAGUUCGUACGAAGAGCACAGUCAGCCAAUCGAGGAAAAGCUACAAGAAAACUUUGCUGCUUUGGAGAGAAUAAGACAGUUGGAAAGUGAACUGAUGAAUUUUAAGGAAACAUUAGGUCUCUUGUAUACGGACAUGCAAAACGUAUAAGGUAACAUGGUUAUUCGCACUGA